CUUGAAACAGCGACAAGAGGGCGUGGCAGCGUGGAAGAUGGCAUCGUAUCCUACAUAACGGCCUCCUGGUUGAAUGUAAUACAAAGCCCAACCAUGGCCUCGUCGUUGCGAAGAGCAGAUCGGAUACCUGCAUUUGCCAGGGCCAAGCGACUGUCGCUGUGCCGCCACACCGGACAGGGUCGAGGAUUUGCUUCUGCGGCACCAGAGGUUCAAGAAUAUCCAAGUCACCAACCUCCGCCAGACUCGCCAACGGCCAGCCGCCGCGAGGCAAUCAAAAACGCAAAGCCUUUCUCAGCCUUCCUCACCGACACCUUCCAGCGCCAACACGACUAUCUGCGGAUCUCCAUAACGGAGAAAUGCAACCUACGAUGUCUGUAUUGCAUGCCGGAGGAGGGGGUCCCUCAGUCGCCGCCAGCUGAACUCCUCACCACUCCCGAAAUUUAUCUCCUCUCCUCCGUCUUCGUCUCCCAGGGCGUCACCAAGAUCCGGUUGACGGGCGGUGAACCGACCGUACGACGAGAUAUCGUCCCUUUAAUGCACCAAAUUGGGUCUCUCCGCUCCCAGGGUCUGCGAGAGCUUUGCCUUACGACCAAUGGCAUCUCUCUCCAUCGGAAGUUAGACAGUAUGGUUGAAGCUGGGCUCACAGGCGUGAACCUCUCUCUCGACACCCUCGAUCCCUGGCAGUUCCAGAUCAUGACCCGACGGAAAGGGUUCGAUGCGGUCAUGAAAUCCAUCAAGCAGAUCCUCGAAAUGAACAAGCUUGGAGCCGGGAUCAAGCUGAAAAUCAACUGCGUGGUGAUGCGGGGCCUCAAUGAGCGGGAAAUCAUCCCCUUCGUCGAGCUCGGGAAGGAACAGGAUCUGGAGGUCAGGUUCAUUGAAUACAUGCCUUUCGACGGCAACAAAUGGAGCGAGGGAAAGAUGCUCCCAUAUCAGGAAAUGUUGGAUAUAAUUCGUGCUAAAUACCCCACCCUCCGAAAGGUGCAAGACCAUAAGAACGACACCAGCAAAACAUACGAGAUCCCUGGAUUUAUGGGUCGGAUGGGAUUCAUCACAAGCAUGACGCAUAAUUUCUGUGGGACGUGCAACAGGCUGCGGAUAACCAGCGAUGGGAAUCUGAAAGUCUGUCUUUUUGGAAAUGCAGAAGUAUCCCUAAGAGAUAUCCUACGCAAGUCGAACGACGGGAAUCCGAUCGAUGAGCAAGCCCUAGAGGCGAUGAAGCAACUCGAGAGAGACCGGCGACAAGGCCUGAACUCUGGUCCUUUGGCAGUGACGCCAAACGAGCAGGAACUGUUGGAUGUCAUUGGACUGGCCGUCAGCAGGAAGAAGGAGAAACACGCGGGUAUUGGCGAGUUGGAAAAUAUGAAGAAUCGCCCGAUGAUCUUGAUAGGUGAAUCUCCCUCCCAACAUCGACGGUCCCGCUACUCCUCACGAAGACCAACCCUCUUAACGCCCCCAUGGCAACGCAUCUCACCACUCCUCCUACCCGCCACCACCACCAUCACCAACACCUCCUCCUUCCCCCCCUCCCUCCACUCCUACUCAACCAAACCACCCCCUCCCCCUCCCUCUCGCGCCCCCUCAGACCAAGACCCCGACCAAGACCCCGACCAAAACCAAGAUCAAAACCAAGACCAAGACACCACACCACCCCUCCGGCUCACCCACCUCACGCCCACGGGCAGCGCGCACAUGGUAUCCAUCUCCCACAAAGCCCCCACAUCCCGCCUCGCCACCGCGCACUGCACGAUCCACUUCUCGACCCCCGUAGCACUCCCACUCAUCCGCGCAAACCAGCUCUCCAAAGGCGACGUUUUGGCCGUGUCUCGCAUCGCUGGGAUCAUGGCUGCUAAGCGUACGGCUGAGUUGAUCCCGCUUUGUCAUCCUAUUGGUAUUACGCAUGUUGAGGUUGAGCUUGAUCUCAUCGAGGGAAAUGCGGCAGGGCAGCGGGAUGGGGAGGAUGAUGGGAAGGGGAGAGGGAGUGGGAAUGGGAAUGGAAAGAUUGAGAUCAGGGCUACGGUGGCGUGUGAUGGGAAGACGGGCGUAGAGAUGGAGGCGCUGACUGCGGCGAGCGUAGCCGCGUUGACGGUGUAUGAUAUGUGUAAGGCGGUUGAUAAGGGGAUGAGGGUUGAGGGCUUAAGGGUCGUGAGGAAGGAGGGUGGGAAGAGUGGGUUGUGGGUUGAGGGGAGGAGUGUAAAGGAGGAAGAGAAGAAGAAAGAAGAAGAAGAAGGGGGAAGGGGAGGGGGAGGAGGAGGGGGAGAAUUGAGUGAGUGAGUAAAGAAGGCAUCGAGAAUAGGGGCUAGGUUAGAAACGACAAAGUCUUAAUAUUGACCACAUCACAAAAAGUCAUGUACUGGUACAGAGAAGUUUGGAGAGUUUCUUGAUUUAUCACUGCAUCUAGCUCUGCACGGCCUGCAUUGUUCCAGGCGCAAAAGCUAAAUCCAUCGUUCGUUGUGGGUGUAUAUCGACAAUUCGACCCGAACAUAAAAGCCGCGUAUUCCUAUAUAUAUAUAUACCCCUCUAACCCUCCAUCUGCCUCUCAACCGGGUAACAGGUCCCAUCCAUCCUGAUAUUCAUGCAUGCCAUAGCCCAUGACUUCAUUCGUAUGCCCAACACCUUCCGAUCAAGCAGCAGUUGUGUGUGCCCCAAGAAUCCAAAAACGCCACUCCGCCAGUCUGCCUGCCGUGCUCAUAAAUCACUGUCCAUUGCGUGCCACAGCGGGGACAUUCU